UGAUAUUCAACAUCAUAAUUUAUUUAGUAUUUUCUGAUGGAAAUGGUUUGUUUUAAAAAUAUUAAUAAGUACCUUUAAAAUACUUGCUAGCAUCUCAUUACUCACACGUAGUCAAAAUUAAGCCUUAACAUUCAAACGUUUUUCUUUGAAGAGAAUGCAUUUUGUUCACACAGAUUAUGACUUAAGAAAGAAUCCAAAUUUUGCGGCACAAUUUUUUUCUUAAAAAAUGAAAUUAAUUAUACUCAAUAUAAAAUUGACCUCAUUCCCUAACAAAACGACAAAAGAUUAUACCCUUCAAAAAAUAAAUAAAUAAAAUACUAGUAAAAAAGUAAAAACUUUUGUUACUCAUAUUCUAUUGCAUUUAGUGCCCCAAAGCACGUACCCAUUUCUCACUAUUAAUAUGUAUAAACACCAAUAAGGGUAGCAAUAAAUGGCACACAAUAAAUUGGACUGACUGAAUUAUACAUUACAUUUAUUUCUAAAGCCUGUAAAAAAAUACAUAAAAAAAAUAAUAUAGUAAGAUAAUAAUAUAUAUUGGGAUUUGACCCCACCAAAACCUACCCUUAAAAUAGAGGUAUUCAACUUUCUCCCAAUCUUAUGUCCCCACAAUUUCUUUAAAAUCUUCCCAAUACCAUCUCUGAUUUUGUCCCAUUAAUGCUCUCUCUCUAUGGAGUUAUUAUUAACACACAAAUUUUCACAACCUCCAAAAUUCAUUUGAAAAAAAAAAUCCAACUUUUUUUUUUCAAAUUUUUUUCCUCCACCACCCUCAACAUCAUUUGAAAAAAUUUUAUUACACCCAAAAAAAAAAAAAAUUAUGCUCAAGAAAAUGAAGUUUCUUUCAUCACUUCUCAAGAGCAAAAGAAUUAGGUCUUCUUUGCCAUCUUGUCACCAACAACCUAGAACACUUUCUUUCAAAGCCUUAGCCAACAAAAACAACAAUGACAUGUUCAAAACUAUUAAUUCAGCCUUUGACAUUAUUGAUGAAGAUUUAAGCCCUGAAUUAUCCCUUUUCACUGAUCAAUCUUUUGAGUGUGCUACUAGCUUCUCUACAUCUUCUGAGGAUCAUGAUCCAAUAGAGACAUUGAUCCAUGAAUUGUGUUCGGAUAAUGAUGACAACAACAAUAGGAUUUUCUUUGAGCUUGAUGAAACAAGUUCCAUUUUUGAGGCUUCAAAGGGUCCAUUAUUCAAGGAUAGUGUUGUUUUGUCCAUGGAUUCUAAUGACCCUUUUGUUGAUUUCAAGAAAUCAAUGGAGGAAAUGGUUGAAGCUCUUGGAUUGAAGGAGGAUUGGGAGGGUCUUGAAGAUCUCUUGUGUUGGUAUUUGAAGGUUAAUGAAAAAUCCAAUCAUGGCUAUAUUGUUGGUGCUUUUGUUGAUUUAUUGGUAGGUCUUGAAUUUUCUAUUAAUAAUAAUAAUAAAAAUAAUAAGUCUUCUUCUUCUAAUUCAUAUUUAUCUCCUAAUUUUCUUUCUUCUCCUUCUAAUAAUUUAUCUUGUUAUAGUACUUUUCAAUCUUCUUCUUCUUGUAGCACUAGCACUACCCUUUAUGCUUCUAAUUCAUUUAUAGAAGGUGAAGGAGAGGGUCAUCAUAAUCAUAAUAGCCUUGUUAUUAGUGGCAGUUCUUCAUUGUUGUUAGAGCAAGUUAAGGAAGAGAUUAUUCUUCAAGAAAAUAUUAUUGAUGAGGCUUCAUCUUCCUCUACUAGAAAUGCCUAAGGUAUUAGGAAGU